AAAGCAGCUGGCGACAGUCAGGAGGAGUCUAUAUGGAACACUGUCACUCAGGACUUAUCUGCCUGCUGGAGUGCUGUUUUUCUACUGACCUAUGCACAUUGGAAUACUGAGCCUCGUUUUCCCCGAUACUCUCUCUCUCUCCCUUCCCUCUCAUCCGGGGGAAGGAAUUCUGGCAGAGCUGUUGAGGGGAACUUUUUCCAUUCUUCCUCUCUUUGACACCGUGUAGCCUGCAGCGGAGGGAGUGGACAUCGAUAGUGUUUGUGUGGAUGUGUGGCGUGUACAGAAAGGGACAUUGAAGAAGGAGGCAUGCUGCGAAAUGGCACGGCCGGUGCCACCAGCACCAGAACCACCACUGAGAUAUCGGACCUCAAUGAGAGGGGAAUUAGGCGUCUGAGACUCACUCUGCGACCCGAUGACAAUCCUAAAACUCAGAAUGAAAUGGCCAACUCUAAAGAAAAAGUGGUCAAUGGAACCUGGAAAAGGAAAAAUGGACUCAUGCAGAGAGAGAGACCACCUGGUAGAGAAUCAUCUGAACAGGAAGACAAGCGCCCUGUAUCCAAUGGCAUCAAUAAGGAACAGCCUGCUCAGCACGGGCCCAGAGUCUAUGACGUAGUGCAGAGCACAGCCUCCAACCACCAACAGGAAGUGAUGGCACGCGAGGGGUCUGUCAGUCAACUGAGGGAUGAAAUGAAGUACAUCAGAGAGGUACGUGACUCUUUGGAAAAAGUCAGAGAGCGGAUGUACGGCCAGUUCGGAGGGAUGCAGCAGUCAAUGCAAAAAUUAUCUCAGGAAUUAAGGGUGGCCAACUCUCAUAAGCGGCAUUUAGAGUCAGAGGUGAGGACAAGGAGGGCAGCUAUGGACAGCUUUGACCAGAUGAACAGCACCCUCAUAUCAGCAAACAUUGAUCUGCAGGUACAAGAUCAAUGCGGUCAUUGCCACCUGACAAAGAAAUCAUUGCUGGAAAGCUGUCAAAACCGAGUGGGGAACAGGGAUGAGAAGAGAUCUCUGCGCAGCUCCUUAGAAAAGACUGAGGAGAAACUGAGGGAGACAGAGAGACAACUACAAGCAGCACAGGCUGAAAAUCUCUCUCUGAAACAUCAGGUGGAGACGUCUCAGGAGGCCAAAACUCAAGCAUUGAAGGAGUUGAGUGCAAAGCUACAGAAGGAAUAUGAAGAACAACUGCAGGAACAGCAGAAGAAAUACAUAGAAGAUAUAGAGGCUCUGCAGGCGCAGCUGGACGACUACAUGAGGAGGCUUGAAGAGGCAGAGAGGAAUGCAAAAAUAGCCGAGGCCAAGAUCGCCGAAAGGGACCAAAGAAUCGCGGAGGUGGAACGGUUACUAAACUGUAUGGCUCAGGAGAAGGGGGACCUGAUAAAAAAGCUUUAUGACUGUGAACAACGCUUACUUGGUUUGGACCAAAUUGACCAUGCAGACAUUGCUGUGACGAAACAAUCUGAGCAGCUAAAGGAGGAAGCGACAGAACUGAGAGAGAGAAUAAAGCACCUCAAUGAUAUGGUGUUUUCUCAGCAGAGGAAGGUCAAGUCCAUGAUAGAAGAGGUUGAAACACUGAGAGCUAAAGUUGCACAGAAGGACAUGUUCAUCGCUGAGCUGCUGGACAGGAUUGCCAUUGUGGAGUGUGAGAAUAAUGAGUUAGAAGACAAGCUGAAGUAUUUUAUGUCUGUACAGCGAAAUUCUGAAACUAAAGUAUCCUCCAGGGAAAUUGGAGUUGGCUGUGACCUGCCCAUUAGAUCUGAAGAGCAGCCGUAUGUAGCGCCUGUCCAACCCAGUUCUUUCUCAACAGUCCCACGAGUUAGCAGACUGAACGGUAGUCUUCUUAGAUAUUCUCCUGGUCAGUACACCACAAUGCUGCGGUCCAAUAACGUAUAUACACAGGACAGCGUGACAAGCACCACACAAACUGCAUCAUCUUCAAGUUACAUUCCGACCAGUCAUGAGAAUGAGGAGUCUGAGUGCACACUAUCUCCAACCUCAGAACUGUCCACUACCAGUCCCAGAGCAAGAACCAGUCCGUCACAGAUCUACACUCCGUUUAUGAGGCUGAUGGAGACAACUCCUCAAAUUAACUUUGAUUAAGUGAAAUACUGCAUAAACUGAAGCCGAUAUUCUGGAACAGAAAGUAUUCUUGUUUUGUUACUGCUCAUGUAGUAACAUUAGUGUAUGCCGUAAUUGCCCACUGAUCUGUGAAUAACUUAUUUUACAAGUGUAUGUUGAUCCAAUCUAUUUUGCUUUAUUUACUAAAAAGCUAGCAAUUGUUUUAUGUGAUGCAAUAACUCAUAGUUUACUAUUGUGUAUUUAUAUUUCCUUUUUCUGAGCACAUUUUGAUUAGGUUAUUUUCUAAACUGUAUUAUCCAAAUAUUAUUUUGUUAUAAAAGUGAACUUGAUAGGAUUUAUAUAUGAGGGGUUUUUCAGUAAUAGAGUGAUGAUAUUUUAUCAACUGUGAUACAUCAAGACUUGUACACUUCCGUGUGUAUUAAUGUGUAUAAAUGCAUAUCUUUAUUUGUAUAAGGAGAUUUGUUCAAAUAACUGGACUUGUACUCCCUGUUGCACUUUUGCCCUGGAUGCACCAACUACAGUUUAUUCACCUCUGUAGAUUUUUUACAGGUCUAUUAAACUUUAAAAGAA